GACGACGAGAUCGGCGACGGCACGACGGGCGUCGUCGUGCUCGCCGGGUCGUUGCUGGAGCAGGCCGAGAAGCUCCUGGACAAGGGGCUCCACCCCGUGCGCAUCGCCGAGGGCUUCGAGACCGCGUGCAAGGUCGCGAUGAAAACGUUGGGCGACGUCGCGGACACCGUGGCCUUCGACAAGACCAAGGACGACAAGGUCCUCGUGGAGACGGCCAUGACGACCCUGAGCUCGAAGAUCAUCAACGUGCACAAGCGGAAGAUGGCGCAGAUCGCCGUCGACGCGGUCAUGUCCGUCGCGGACGUCGACCGCAACGACGUCAACUUCGACAUGAUCAAGAUGGAGGGCAAGCCCGGCGGGCGCCUCGAGGAGACGGAGCUCAUCAAGGGCAUCGUCAUCGACAAGGACAUCUCCCACCCCCAGAUGGCCAAGGAGAUCAAGGACGCGAAGAUGUGCAUCUUGACGUGCCCCUUCGAGCCGCCCAAGCCCAAGACGAAGCACAAGCUCGACAUCACGUCCAAGGAGGACUACGACAAGCUCUUCGCCCGCGAGCAGCACUACUUCACGGAGAUGGUCGCGCAGUGCAAGGCCUGCGGCGCGAACAUGGUCAUCUGCCAGUGGGGCUUCGACGACGAGGCGAACCACCUGCUCCUGCAGGCGGGGCUGCCGGCCGUGCGCUGGGUCGGCGGCGUGGAGCUGGAGCUCAUCGCGAUUGCUACGGGCGGCCGCAUCGUCGCGCGCUUCUCCGAGCUGAGCGAGGCGAAGCUCGGCAAGGCGGGCUGCGUCCGCGAGGUCGCGUUCGGAACCACCAAAGAGCGCAUGCUCGUCAUCGAGGACUGCGCCUCCAGCGAGGCCGUCACGGUCCUCGUGCGCGGCGGCAACAAGAUGAUC